GUUAGUUCUGUCCCUAGCUCAUAAUUCGCAACAUGAAUCUCUUCAGCCUUUUCAUAUAGCUCGUGUAUUAGGUCUUCUCCAAACUGUCUUGAAACGAACGGCUCCGAGAUGGCCCUGAGAUUCUUCAUCUUCUGUUGUGGUAUUGACCAUACACUCGUGCCUCCAACCUCCACUGGAACUGUUUCUAGCCGUUUCUACAAGUGGGAUCCUCCACUUCCUGGCCGUCGAUUACUAGAAGCAGUAGGCCCUCAGGACCCACGGAUAGGACAACUUCUUGGAACUGGUCACAAGGUGGGGCGUUUGUUUGAGCUCAACUAUUUGCAUAUUCUUGAUAAUAAAAUGGAUACACCAUCAUUUUCAAAUGAUCGAUUCAUCCAAACUCUGCUUUGUGCUGUUGAAUUAGAGUCUUUGCAAAUUCCAUAUCAACAAAUCUUCCAAGCCUAUGCUACUACUAACAUUUCUCUUUUCCAUUUGUGGCACUCACAACUCGGACAUACCUCAGUUGGUACAUCUAAUGAGCUCUACAAUGUCUCACCACAUGCUUCAACUAGUUCUGUAGAAGAUGAUUUGCUUGCUGGUAAUACAUUAGAUAAUUUUGAGCCUUCUUCUACUUCCUUGUCUGUAUCACCUGUUGAUUCUACAAAUGAGCUUAUUGUCCCAUCCUCGAGUCAUCUUGCUCGACAACAAGCUAUGCAAGAUGAAUUACAAGCUCUUGAGAACACUCGUACAUGGGAUUUAAUUGAUCUCCUUGUUAAAAAAUCUCUAAUAGGCUGUAAAUGGGUGUGCAAGAUCAAAACACGAUCUGAUGGUUCUGUGGAGUGUUAUAAGGCACGCUUGGUUGCCAAGGGUUUUAUACAGGAGUAUGGAAUCGACUAUGAGGAGACAUUUGCUCCAGUUGCUCGUCUUACAUCUAUGCGCAGUUUGCUUGCUAUCGCUGCUAUGCGGAGAUGGAAAUUGUUUCAGAUGGAUGUGAAAAAUGCUUUUCUUAAUGGUGACCUAGAAGAAGAAGUUUAUAUGAAACCACCUCCUGGGCUCAACCAUCCUCCAAACAAGUUUGGUUUUACCUCCAAUCCACAUGAUACAGCUUUGUUCAUUCGUAAGACUGCUCGGGGUAUGGUUCUUUUACUUCUUUAUGUUGAUGACAUGAUUAUUACUGGAGAUGAUGUCACAAGUGUUAAGGAAUUAAAACAAUCUCUCAAUCAGAAAUUUGAGAUGAAAGAUCUUGGUGUUCUGAGCUAUUUUUUGGGACUUGAAGUGACCUCUUCAGAUGAUGGCUACCUGCUUUCUCAAGUAAAAUAUGCCUCCGAUCUUGUUUCUAAAGCUGAACUCAAUGAUGGUAAGAGUGUUUCUACACCUCUUGAACCUAAUGUCAAGCUUACACCUAUGGAUGGCUCUCCACUUUCUGAUCCUACUCGCUAUCGACAAUUGGUUGAUAGUCUGGUUUAUCUUACUACAACAUGCCAUGAUAUAGCAUAUGUAGUUCACAUUGUUAGUCAAUUUAUAGUUGCUCCUCACUCCACUCAUUAUGCAGCAGUACUUCGCAUUAUUCGCUAUGUUAAGGGAACAUUAUUUCAUGGACUCCAUUUUUCUGCCAACUCCUCCCUUGUGCUUCGCACUUACUUUGAUGCUAAUUGGGCUGGUGAUCCUUCUGAUCGUAGAUCUACCACUGGUUACUGUCUUUUCCUUGGUAAUUCUCUUAUCUCUUGGUGGAGUAAGAAACAAGCUAUUCCAUCUCGCUUUAGUAUUGAAGCUAAGUAUAAAGCUCUCGGGGAUACCACAUCAGAACUUCUUUCAUUGCGGUGGCUUCUUGAAGAUAUGGGCAUUCCUCAACCUUCUUCUAUUGAUUUAUAUUGUGAUAAUCAAAGUGCUAUGCAGAUUGCUCAUAAUGAUGUCUUUCAUGAACGUACUAAACACAUUGAGGUUGAUUGUCACUUUAUUCGCCAUCAUGUUGCACAAAAAACUGUUUAUUUGGUUUUCAUUAGCUCCACUGAUCAACCAGUAGAUUUCUUUACCAAGGCUCAUUUUCCUAGACGCUUUCGUACUUUUCGUUCCAAACUCAAGUUGGUUUAAUCACAACCACCUUGAGUUUGAGGGGGGAUGUUAAGAUGUGAAUACAAUUAUAUUUAGAAU